AUGGGUAUGGGUAUCGGCCAUCAACAUAAUCCUAAACAACCAACUUACCUGCCUAUUACACUAACUUCAUCCUCCUCAUCUAGGAUCGUUCCAAAUCACCUCGGCCCAACCUCUGCAAAUGAAGAAUUGUGGUCAGAAAUAGAAAUGCUUAAUAAAAAGGUUGAAGACUUAGAAUCUGAAUUAGAUCUCUAUAAAAAUCCUGCAGAUCGAAGAGCCGGAGCAAAUGAAGAACAGCCUGAAACUCAACAGCCGAAAAAAAGAUGCAAGACCAUGCCUUUUGCUCAGCUUCUCACUAACGAUGAAUCAUUGCAUAGCACAGAAGACCGAGAAGGUGCAGAAGCAGGAAAUUCGCAAGCAAAAGAAAGAGGAAAGGGACCAUAUGAAGAUGGAACAACAAUGUAUUAG